AGAGAUGCACAACCGAGCUCGACCACUGCCUGACAUCUUCAUCUUCCCCAUCAGUGAGAUCUCCCCAGAAGCGCCACCAUGAGUCUGAGGAGAAACCCCAACAGCCGCCCAGGAGUGCGCUCGUCCUCUAAGAGCUUCAGCAGCUCGUCCAUGGGAUCCUACUCCUUCCACAGGAUCAGCACCGGUACUGAGCAGAGGGCCCCGAUCACAGCUGUGACUGUCAACAAGAGCCUGCUCGCCCCAUUGAGCAUCGAUAUCGACCCCACCAUCCAGGUAGUCCGCACCCAGGAGAAAGAGCAGAUCAAGACCCUCAACAACCGCUUUGCCUCAUUCAUUGACAAGGUGAGAUUCCUGGAGCAGCAGAACAAAAUGCUGGAAACCAAGUGGCAGCUGCUGCAGAAACAGACAUCCACCCCCUCCAACAUUGAGCCCAUGCUGAAGUCCUUCAUCGGCUCCCUGGAGAGACAGCUGGAGUGCUUCAACAAUGAAAAACUAAGGCUUGACAUGGAGAACAAUGUCAUGCACAAAAAUGUUGAGGACUAUAAGACGAGGUACGAGGAGGAAAUCAACAGGAGAAAUGAUGCUGAGAACGACUUUGUCAUGCUCAAAAAGGAUGUGGAUUCAAGUUUUCUGUCUCAGGUGGAUCUGAACGACAGGUUGUCUGGUAUCCAGGAUGAACACAACUUCCUCAAGGAGCUGUAUGAUACGGAGCUGCGGGAGAUGCAGGAGAGCCUGAGGACGACCUCUGUGGUGGUGCAGAUGGACAACUCCCGCGGCCUGAACAUGGAUCAGAUCGUGGCUGAUGUUAAGGCUCAGUACGAAGAUAUCGCCGGCCGCAGUCGUGAGGAAGCUGAAAGCUGGUACAAGAACAAGUUUGACAAGAUUAAUGCUGAGGCGGAACAGUACAGCAAUGAAAUGCAUAGCAACAAGGGAGAAAUAUCUGGACUCAACCGAAUGAUCAGCCGCCUGCAGAAUGAGAUCCAGACUGUAAAAGCACAGUGUGUCAGUCUGGAGGACCAGUUCUCUGAGGCAGAGCGGCGCGGGGAGGAAGCUGUGCAGGAUGCCAGGGCUCGCAUCAAGGACCUGGAGCUGGCUCUGCAGAAGGCCAAACAGGACAUGGCUCGCCAGCUGAAAGAAUACCAGGAGCUCAUGAAUAUCAAGCUGGGCCUGGACAUCGAGAUCUCCACCUACAGGAAACUGCUGGAGGGAGAGGAGGAAAGACUUGGACGAGAUUCUAUUGUGAACAUCCAAGACGUGGUAGGCCAAUCCUCCCAGGUUUACAGCCGCCAGCAGCGAAGGUCAAGUCCCAUCCUCAUCAAGACAGUGGAGACCCAUGACAGACUUCAUGUGAAAGAAAACACACAGUAACCUGCUGCAUGACCGUGGCAACAUAACUCCCCCUUUACAUUCACCUCUUUGUUCACCCCCUGCACGUAUGAGCCAGAUGUGUUAUCUGUUUACUUCAUGUUUGAUGUCACAUGUUGUGUUCGAAAUAAAGAUGUGUUCAGCUCUA